UGACAUAUUUAUUGCCGUCGCUCGUUUUACAUUUUUUACUCUCAUGCUCUUGCAGUGCUUUUUAUUGGCUUCGUAUCCAGCGCACUACGAAGAUAGUGGCAACUGGUACGCAGCCUCCAUAUUUUACAUGCCUGCUGCAGCGAUUUGGUGGUUUAUCAACAGCAAUAAUGGGGAACUUUCCCAAGUGCUUUUAUUUUGGAUCGUGUAUGUUUGGCUGGGAAUUGUACCCAUGGUAGGCAUCGUAUUUGGUCGUAUCUGUGGCAAAAUCGGAAGUGAAGGAUUCUGGAAUGUCAGCACUUUAAUAAUGACUCUUUGCAUAACGCCAUUUCUACUUCUCCUAACACUGCAUACAAGGAUAGCAUCAAAUCAGCCGAUAGUCCAUGCGAAUCGUGUCUGCGAAUGGACAGCGAAGGCCACCAUAAAUGCUUUUGGUGGAAUUGAGCUACUUAGUGUCCUCUUAGAAGAAAGCCAGUACAACCAGGAGAUUUCGAAAGAUUUCAAAAAUGCAAUUAUUGCCUUUACUUGUCUGAGUUUCAUGUGGUGGCCCUUGGGUGCGUCUUUAGACCGCGACGCCGAAAACGUGGAGGGUGACAGAACAUGUUAUUUAUUAAGUUUUGGUAUUCAAGUAGUCUUUGACAUGAUAUUCUUUGGACUCCGUUUGGGAUUAUUCCAAGGAUGUGGCAGAAGCGUUUCUGUUUUUAUGAGCAAAAAUAUAAUUUUUAUCAUCGUUUACUCGAGGCGUAUUCUUAGGUGCUUCUGCGGACUGGAUGACGCUUCAAAUCCCACCGUAAGUGAGCCGCCCAGGGAGCAAAUGGAGCCUUCGACAGAAAUAAACCUACGUGCCAGCUCGUCGAACCCUUUUACGCUCAGUAGUGUUCCAAACAACUCAGGUUCCGCUCCACCGCCGCCGUACACAGCAGAUCAGCAGCAAGGUCAAACCAUAGAAUCUUCCACAUUCAAUACUCCAGUUGUCAGUGAAUAUAUGGGAUCGAGAGUUAUUAAUGUUCGAGGAUUUGACACUUUUGAAGAUCGUAUCCCAUCUGCUCCACCUCCACCGUAUGAGGCAUGACCAAGUACAAACUAUCCAUCAAUAGUACUGGCCAUCAGAAAUGGAACUAUCUCAGAUCAUAUCACAAGUUUGUGACUUAUCAUUUUCCAAAAUUUAUUUAGGUUUCAGCAUACUUAUAGUGAGGAGAUAGCAAUUAACUUGUAGAGGUCAAAGUUUGCUAGCCUUCUUAAAAUGUGCAGAGCGGGAACUGUAGGCCUAGUUUUUGUGACGAUUAUACUAUUUCCACAUCAUGACAUAGUUAUAUAAUUCCUACCGUAACCAAUAUUGUACUGUAUUAUUCCCAAGAGUUUUAAUGGCCCAAAAGUCCUGUUGAGCUUAUCCUGAUUUUGACUAGUGUGGCUCUUAUGCUGGAACAUUUUAGAGUAACGUCGUACAACACUAAGUCUUGUGUGAAGUAAUAUCAUUAUGCUAAAGCGAUAUCUAAGUGACGAAUCUGAAUUCAGAUUAUACCAGAUAAUUAAGUCAAACCUCUCAUAAGAGGCCAUUCUUGAAAAUUCCGAGGUUUUUUUCAGUUGAAUUCGGUAAAUAGAACCCCUUGAAAGCUUUAAUUAAUGUCUUGUUUCAAUCAUAUCCAGCCUCAUCUUUGACCUGAAGCAUUAGUGGGUGAAAGUUAUAUUUAUAACCUCAGGAAAGGGUUGUACUUGAUGCCUUUGUCGUCUGCCAAAAUUAAACAUAAUGAUUUAA